AUGAUACACUUUCGUAUUAUAAGCAUUUUUAUGACUAUUGCCAUGUUUUUUGUUAUGAUCCAGGCAACACCUUAUGGUGGAGCAUAUCUGAGUAUGUAUGAAAAUAUAAAAUUAAGUUUGCUAAAUAGUAUAGAUAAGGUUCACGAAGAAGAGACUAAAAAUAUAUCAGAUUCUACGGUUCUUUUUAAAAAUGGAACAAAUAGUACUGAUUUAGCGAAAGCUGGGACGAACUCGACUAAGUUGGCUGAUUUGAAUGCAAAUGUUACUACACAGCCAGGUGGUUCUGUCCGUACAAUGAUUUCUUUGGGUUCUUUGGUAUUUGCAGCAGUGGCAUUUAUUGCAUCUUUGGUGUUUUGA